CUGUUUUCCAAGCCUUUUUAUUUCACUGAGCAAGAUGAUGUGUGAGGUGAUGCCAACCAUCAGUGAGGCAGAGAUUCCCUCCGGGGGAAACGGAGGCCAUGGUUCAGGCUCCCCGAUGCAGUCAGAUGCCGAUUCCCAUUUUGAGCAGUUAAUGGUGUCCAUGUUAGAAGAAAGGGAUCGCCUUCUGGAAACACUCAGAGAAACUCAGGAGACACUAGCAUUGACCCAGGGCAAGCUGCAUGAAGUUGGUCAUGAGAGAGAUUCCCUGCAGAGACAGCUCAAUACGGCGCUUCCACAGGAAUUUGCAGCACUUACGAAAGAGUUAAAUGUCUGCAGGGAACAGCUGCUUGAAAGGGAAGAAGAAAUUGCUGAACUGAAAGCAGAAAGAAAUAAUACACGGCUAUUACUAGAACACUUGGAGUGUCUAGUCUCCAGGCACGAGCGAUCCCUCAGAAUGACUGUUGUUAAGAGACAAGCUCAGUCUCCAGCAGGAGUUUCUAGUGAAGUAGAAGUUCUCAAAGCACUAAAAUCUUUAUUUGAACAUCAUAAAGCUCUUGAUGAAAAGGUAAGGGAGAGGUUACGAGUAGCACUUGAAAGAUGUAGCUUAUUGGAAGAAGAACUAGGUACUACGCAUAAAGAGCUAAUGAUUCUGAAAGAGCAAAACAAUCAGAAAAAAACACUACCGGAUGGAAUGCUAGAUCUAAAUCAUGAACAAGAAAACACACCAACUACCAAUGGGAAGAGAUCCUCGGAUGGUUCAUUAUGCCACGAUGAAAACCUUGCUAAAGUGAUUGAACUCCAGGACAUCAUAGACAAGCAAAACAAAGAGCAGACACAAAUGAAAGAACGUCUUACUGCUUUGUCUAGCAGAGUAGCAGAGUUGGAAGAAGAUCUUGACACAGCUAGAAAAGACUUAAUAAAAUCUGAAGAAAUGAAUACAAAGUUACAGAGAGAUGUACGAGAGACCAUGGCCCAGAAGGAAGACAUGGAAGAGAGAAUUACAACUCUUGAAAAACGCUACCUCGCUGCACAACGUGAAGCUACAUCUGUGCAUGACCUCAAUGAUAAACUUGAAAAUGAAAUUGCCACUAAAGAUUCCAUGCAUCGACAGAGUGAAGAUAAGAACAGACAACUGCAAGAACGGCUAGAACUGGCUGAGCAGAAGCUGCAGCAGACUUUGAGGAAAGCUGAAACUUUGCCAGAGGUGGAAGCUGAGCUGGCACAGAGAGUUGCAGCACUUUCAAAGGCUGAAGAGAGACAUGGCAAUAUAGAAGAACGGCUCAGACAGAUGGAAGCCCAGCUAGAAGAAAAGAAUCAAGAACUGCAAAGGGCUAGACAGAGGGAGAAGAUGAAUGAAGAGCAUAAUAAACGCUUGUCAGAAACUGUUGAUAAGCUUCUCUCUGAAUCCAAUGAAAGGCUUCAGCUUCAUCUCAAGGAAAGGAUGGCUGCCUUGGAAGAUAAGAAUUCUCUUAUUCGAGAAAUUGAAAAUUCAAAAAAACAAAUAGAAGAGCUUCAACAUGAAAAGGAUCAGCUUAUUUUAAACAUUGAAACAUUAAGGGCUGAAAAUGACCAAGUGAGACUCAGAGCCACAUCGCUGCAUCAUAGCCGACCACAUUUGGGUAGUGUACCUGAUUUCAGAUACCCAAUGACAUCUUCAUCUGUGGCUGACAGUCAUGCAGACUCCUAUGGCACCUCAUCUGUGUUAAGGCGUCCCCAGAAGGGGCGUUUGGCAGCUCUCAGAGAUGAGCCAUCAAAGGUUCAGACUCUAAAUGAGCAAGACUGGGAGCGAGCCCAGCAAGCAAGUGUGUUGGCAAAUGUCGCACAAGCAUUUGAAAGUGAUGUUGAUGUAUCUGAUGGUGAGGAUGAUAGGGAGACUAUAUUCAGUUCAGUUGAUCUGCUGUCACCAAGUGGUCAGGCUGAUGCUCAGACUUUGGCUCUGAUGCUUCAGGAGCAGUUGGAUGCAAUCAACAAAGAGAUUAGACUCAUACAAGAAGAAAAGGAAAAUACAGAACAGCGGGCAGAGGAGAUCGAAAGCAGAGUAGGUAGUGGAAGCUUGGACACGCACGGUCGUUUUCGGUCGAUGAGCUCCAUUCCUCCUCCGUACGCAGCUGGGUCCCUUGCAGGCUCUUCCCCUCCUGGCAGUGGCCGCUCCACGCCGAGGCGGAUCCCACACAGUCCAGCUCGGGAAGUGGACAGACUAGGUAUCAUGACACUGUCUCCAUCUUCUAGAGAAGAGGUACGAGAUGAUAAAACUACAAUAAAAUGUGAGACAUCGCCACCUUCCUCGCCACGAUCUUUGCGUUUGGACAGAGUCCAAAAAGGCGCUUUGCAUACAGUAAGCCAUGAAGAUAUCAGGGACAUAAGAAAUUCAACAGGCUCACAAGAUGGACAAACAAGUAAUCCUAGUAGCAGCAAUAGUAGCCAAGAUUCCCUUCAUAAGGCCCCCAAAAAGAAGGGGAUCAAAUCCUCUAUUGGCCGCUUGUUUGGCAAGAAAGAAAAGGGACGACCUGGACAAACCAGCAAAGACACAUUAGGACAAGCUGGUAUGGCAGAAGCAGAUAGUUCCUCUCAGGAUGCAAUAGGUCUCAGCAAACUUGGAGGUCAGGCAGAAAAGAACAGGAAACUGCAGAAAAAGCAUGAGUUGCUUGACGAAGCCAGAAGACAAGGACUGCCUUUUGCACAGUGGGAUGGGCCUACUGUGGUUGUGUGGUUAGGGUGAGCACUGUGGGUAGGGAUGCCGGCCUGGUACGUGGCCGCUUGCCGAGCGAACGUGAAGAGCGGCGCCAUCAUGUCGGCCUUGUCCGACACAGAGAUCCAGCGCGAGAUCGGCAUCAGUAACCCCCUGCACAGGCUGAAGCUGAGGCUGGCCAUCCAGGAGAUCAUGUCGCUGACCAGCCCCUCUGCGCCUCCCACCUCCAGGACGACAUUAGCCUAUGGUGAUAUGAACCAUGAGUGGAUUGGCAACGAAUGGCUCCCAAGUCUGGGACUCCCUCAGUACCGCAGCUACUUCAUGGAGUGUCUUGUUGAUGCUAGAAUGCUGGAUCAUCUCACCAAGAAAGAUCUCCGUGGACAGCUUAAAAUGGUGGACAGCUUUCACAGAAACAGUUUUCAGUGUGGAAUUAUGUGCCUGCGAAGACUGAACUAUGAUCGAAAGGAACUUGAGAGAAAAAGAGAAGAAAGCCAGAAGGAGAUUAAAGAUGUCCUUGUCUGGAGCAAUGACAGAAUGAUCCGUUGGGUAGGGUCCAUUGGUCUUAAAGAAUACGCGAAUAACCUUAUAGAGAGUGGAGUUCAUGGUGCACUUGUGGCCUUAGAUGAAACAUUUGAUUACAAUGCAUUAGCUCUCUUAUUACAAAUACCUACUCAGAACACACAGGCUCGUGCUCUUCUGGAGAAAGAAUUUAAUAACCUUCUUGUUAUGGGCACUGACAGAAAACUUGAUGAAGAUGACGAUAAGAGCUUUAGGCGAGCACCUUCGUGGAGGAAGAAGUUUAGACCAAAGGACAUAAGAGGGUUAGCUGCUGGCUCAGCAGAGACUCUUCCUGCAAAUUUCAGAGUUACAACCUCAAUGUCUUCACCCUCGAUGCAGCCAAAGAAGAUGCAAAUUGAUGGCAGUGUAUCAGGAACACAAAGAUUGGACUCUGCUACAGUAAGGACAUACUCCUGUUAAAGCCUUCUCCUGUUUACCCACACUAUUUCUACCGGUGAUAUGCAGCAUUUUGGAACAUUUGGAACUUUUAAUCUGUUAAUACUUGUUAAAUGUAUGGACACUUUGAGAUAUUUUAUUACAGAGUUUUUAAUUAGCAAAUAAAUUCAUGAGUACUAUAGAGAAAAUAUUUUAGAAUCUAAAUGUUUCUUAUAUUUAUGUGACUUCUCAUUUAUAUAGUUACUUACUUUUUCUGUUCGUAUUCGGUCUACAAAUCAAAUCAUUGCUGAUUUUUAUUCUAAUUUUAGUCUUUCCAACUGAAUGUACUGUAAUGCUUGUAUGUAUACGUCCCUAUAAGUAAUAUAGGGUUUUUGUAAAUUAUGCAGUUACUGUAAUUAUCAUUGUUUUUUAAUAAUGAAACAGAGGUGAAAAGGUUUUUCGUACCUUUGUAAAAGUAUCAUGACACCGAGCAGUAUCUAUUUUGUGUUUUGGAAAUGUUGGCUAGAUCAAAAAAUAAGUCCAUCUUAUUUUCAGAUAAGCCUGUGUGGUUAUAAAAGGUGCGGUACAAGACUGUUGCUCUUUCCCGAACUGUACCUUUCCACAAAGACGACUUGUCAAGUAGUGGGAAUUUGUCUUUAUUUAUGAUGUAGCUUGCUUUAAAAGCUGGGAAAAACUGAAACCUUUUAGAAACGGUUGACUCGGUCAUAACUCUGUCUUAGCUGUAUUUGUAUAACAUAUCUUCACAGUGACUGAAAACAAGCCAUAAA